AUUUAUAGUUUUACGUCACUGUUUUCAAGAGAACUGUAAUAAAAGGUAACAUUUGGCCUAAAGAUCGCAAGCAAUGCCGGUCGCACGUAGACGCCAGAAAAAACUUUUAUCGAAAGAUCAAUGAAGAGGGCAGGGAUAGAAAAGAAAAGAAAACCAAAAUCAUAAAGUAAAAUAAAAAGUCUACUGGUAAAAGAUAUCGCUAAAAAGAAAAAUAGAAAAAGGAAUUUUCUAUAAUAAUAAUAAUAAUAAGAUCUGAAACAAGUGACUGGACAUUAAAUGGAAAAGCCUGUAGGGGCUUCGUCACCUUCCCUGCCCAGCCGAGUGCGCCGAGAGAGCUCCCCGGACUCCAGAAGGCUAUGGCGCCCCCUGAGGACCCAGGAGAACCCAGGGGGGCUCACCUUCCACCCGGCUAGCCUCAGGACCAUCCACGUCUCCUUCUCCGUGGGACUCCUGUGUAACUUCCCGAUUCAGGACGACGGCGGGGGCGCGGACGAUGAGGGCAUCUUAGCCGGAGAAUCUCAGCAGUCGGCCGGGCGCAGUAGCAUCGGCUCCAACGCCUUCGACGGCUCCCCUCGAGGCUCGGCGGGCUCCCUCUCCAACUUCGAGCGGCUGGAGAUCAUGGCGCGCAAGUCCCUGCCCUACAUCCAGCAGCGGCGCCAGUCCUCGGCGUCCGCCUUCAUCCGCGAGCCGCUCAUGGCCACGACAGACGACCGCAACUGGUCGUGGCGCUACCUCAGGGAACGGUUUCGCAUCAAGGAUCUGGAGGAUCUCUUCGAGCACUACCAGCUCCGCCUCCACCACGCCAUGUUCAUCGUCUACCUCAUGCUGCAACUCUUCCUCUCCUUCAUCGCCAUCGCCACCCUCUUCAUAAUUCAGCACCCGCCGGAGGAGCUCGUCCCUGAGCUGACGGGCCACGGCGCCGCCCUGGUCGUGUGCAUGGCCCUCUUGGUCUACGUGUACGACGAGCGGACCUUCAGGCAGUUCCCCAACCUCCACGUGGUCAUGUCGGGCCUCAUCAUCCUCACUCUCUUCGCGACGGAUGUGUCUCUCACACUCUAUUUCCACGAGCAAGAGAUCCAGGGCAACGAGGAUAAGGAUGUCAAGUUUGGUAACAUGAUAUACCUCCUGUUGGUCGUCUAUGUCUUUCUGCCGAUUCCUAAGAAGUGGCAAGUGACAGUCCUCGCUCUCCUGCUCACCCUCGGCUACCUGGCCCUCGGGUACUACGCCAUUCAGGGCGACCAGAGCCCCUACGGCCGCCAGCACAUCGUCACCAAGAUGUGCGUGGACGCCACCAUCCUCCUGUGCGUUAACCUGGUGGGAAUCUACUGGCGUUUCAUGAGCGAAGUGGCCUUCAGAAGAGCCUUCCUGGAUAAGAGAGGAAAUCUGGAGUCCAAGUUUAAGCUGGACGCAGAGAAGAAGCAGGAGGAGGGGCUUCUGCUGAGUAUCCUGCCGAAGAACAUCAUGCAACAGGUGAAGUCUGAUUUCCGAAAUAUGAUCGAGAGGACUCUGUACAACACGAUGCCCAUCACCAAGAGCAAUCCCUUCCCGAACCUUUACGUCAACCGCCACGAAAUGGUCUCCAUUCUCUACGCGGACAUCGUCAACUUCACUCCCCUGACGACCAAGCUCAGCGUGGAUCAGCUGGUUGAGAUGCUGAACGAUCUCUUCGGCAAGUUCGACGAGUCUGCUGAGACUAAUGGUUGCCUUCGUAUCAAGAUUCUCGGGGACUGUUACUACUGCGUGUGCGGAGUUCCUGAGUAUAACAAGGACCACGCUCACAACUGCGUGAAAGUAGGCUUUGAGAUGAUCGAUAUCAUCCGCGAAGUUAGAGAGGAGCGGGCCGUGAACGUGGACAUGCGCAUCGGCAUCCACAGCGGCAGCGUGCUGUCAGGCCUCAUCGGCGUCCGCAAGUGGCAGUUCGACGUGUGGAGCAAUGACGUUACCAUCGCCAACCACAUGGAGCAGACGGGACGCGCGGGCCGAGUUCACGUGACGCACAAGACCCGCGAACUGCUCACUGGCCUCGACUACGGCUUCGAGCCCAGUGACGGACGCCGGAAGGACCAGCUCCUGAUGGACGAGAAGAUUGACACGUUCCUUAUCAUCCCCAAGCACAGGCCCCCGAGCGGCCGCCGCGUGUCCUACGGCUUCCACUCGGCUUCCAUCAAGCCGCGCGUGUCCAUGACGGUGGACAACGCCGAACUGAAGAACCUGUACGAGGGCGACAUCAGUAAAAAGAUCACCAAGGUCAACCUCCCACACGGGGCCGCCCGAGGCUCCAUCCUGGCCAGGCGGCGGUCCACUCACUCCGAGAACCACCUGGCUUCGAAGCGGCGCACCGUAGUGACAGACAACGCUCUCAUCUCCUUCCAGAGAAUAAUGGUUAAUUCGAAGGAGUUCAUGGAGAAGGCGAUAGAGAGCAUGCCGCUCAGGAAGUAUGACCAGUGGUUCAAACCUGAAGGAAUCAAUCCCCUGCUGCUGACUUUCACGAAGGAGAGCUGGGAGCUUCCUCUACUCCGCCAACCCGACCCCCUUUACAAGUACUACAUCCUCUGUGCCAUCUUCAUCUUCAUCGUCAUCUUCCUCACUCAGCAGCUUCUCAUGCCAGUGAACACGUGGGGCUUGGCGGCGGGCGUGGCGGGCGUCCUGAUCCUGGCGGCGAUCGGGCCGGUGUGUUGGGUGGCGACCGUGCACCAGCAUAUCGUCGACCCGCACAACGACCGCGAGUUCGACACCCGCAGCCGCUCAGCCGUCACGGAAUUCUUCUACUCGGCGUCGAAGGGCGUGAUCGCCUCCAUCGGGCUGAGGGCGCUGCUCUUCUUCUUCGUCUGCAGCGCCCUCUACUGCUGCGCCGUCGUCAACGUGAUCGAGUGUACUGACAUCCUAGAAAAAUACGCAAGCACGUUUUUGAACACCACGGCAGCACCUUUUGGAGCCAAUGCAAGCACCGAGCUUCCUCUUUCUCCUAGCGACAUCCCUGCUCUCUGUUGCGACCCCUGGUACUUCACCUACAGCGUCACUCUCACGCUCCUUGUAGUUUGGACCUUCUUCAGGAUGCACUUCCUCCUCAAGCUCUCCGUCUACGUCGUCGCCGUCACACUCUACGGCUUUUUCGUCCUGUAUUUUGCUGAGGGGGUGUUCAGCCACGAGGGCAUGGCCGGCGUGUGCCCGCGGCUCACGGUGACGAGCCUCGGCCUGAGCCCCGGUCUGGGCCACCUGUUCUUCGUGCUCUUCGUCUUCUUCGCUCUCCACGUCAUGGACAGGCAGAUGGAGUACAUUAUGCGGCUCGACUUCCAAUGGAAACAGCAGCUGGAGGCGGAGCAGAAGGAGGCGCAGACCACGCACUUCGCCAACAAACUCCUCCUCCAGAACAUCCUUCCUCUCCACGUCGCGGACAUGUACUUGAACCGGCAAGGGGCGACGGACGAACUGUACCACGAGUCUUACCAACACGUGGGAGUCAUCUUCGCGUCCAUCCCGAACUACGGCGAGUUCUACCGGGAGAAUGAGAUGAACGAGGACGGCAAGAUGUGCCUCAAGGUUCUCAAUGAGAUCAUCUCCGAUUUCGAUAUGCUUACAUACGAAGCGCCUUUCCUGACCAUGGAAAAGAUCAAGGUGGUGGGCAGCACGUACAUGGCCGCCUGUGGCCUCCAGCCCGGCCGCAGGUACAGCGACGACUCCAACUUCGAGGAGAGGGACAAGCAGGAGAAUGUUGCCACCAUCACCAAGUUUGCGGCGGCCAUGUUCGAGAAGCUCAAGGCCAUGAACAGGGAACACUUGCAGGAAUUUCGGCUAAGAGUGGGCAUCGACGUGGGUCCAGUGAUCGCGGGCGUGGUGGGCGCCCAUAAACCUAUGUAUGACAUCUGGGGAAACACCGUCAACGUCGCCUCCAGGAUGGACUACACGGGGGAGAUGGGGAAAAUUCAUGUGACGAAGGAAGUGGGCGAAAUCCUACAGGAGCAAGGUUGGGCCGUGGAGUGUCGCGGCGAGAUCUACGUGAAGGGCAAAGGCCACAUGGUCACCUACUUCGUGGACCCGACGCAGGCUCCUCCCAAAGCAUCGGCCGACGCCCACCCGGAGGCGAACAACAACGAGAACCUGAACCUGAAAUCCAGCAGCCACAUCAUCACCAACAACAACAGCAAGGCGUCGAAGGACGCAGAGAGCAGCGAGCAGCCCAGGCGAAGGAGCAGCCAGCUGAGCCUGAACUCCCUGAAGGGGUACCUGACGCCGCACCGAGGGAGCAUAGAGAUCAGUAAGGGCAAGGGUGCCAGCGGAGACAGCAGCAGCCUCUCGUCGAAUUAUCGCAGAAGAAAUGACAGCCUCGAGGACAGCCGGGAGGGGAGGAGGUCCCGGGGCACCUCCCCGCGCAACUCCGAUGACUCGGGGGCGUCCAGCAGCCUCCAGGGGCGCCAGGUACUCCCUGCGGCUGAGGCGGCAGUCAUCGCGAAACGAACUUACUUUAACCUAAUUGAGGACGACUUUGCCAAAUACAAUCACUCGUUCGAGAAAGAGGACGAGCGGCCCGCAUUCCCAGCGUCCCUGCGGAUUGAGGAGGAGGACGAGACGCUCUCAGGCUCCGUCGCCAACGGGAAUGUCGAGUCGGCAUCGUUGGGCGCGUCACAGUCUGGGGGCGUAACGCACAGCGCCUCCGACAGGGAGUCGGUGUCCACGCAGAGGAGCAGCAUGGCCUCCAGGUCCUCCAGCAAAGGCAGGAUUUUCAGCAGAUCAUCGACGUUACGGCAGGUGGACGUGCACCCGCUGGCUCUCUUGAAGGAGCAGGAGUCGGACCGGCCGGCGCACACCGAGCUCUCGAUAGACUCUUACGAGAGCGAGGACAUUCGCUUGUGAAGACGGGCUAUGACUAAAGCAACUGAAAAACCUUUAUUAAAUCAACGUUUCCGUUUUUCAUUCUCUCCAAGAAAUGAAAAAAAAAUCGGAGAUGAAGACAAGGAAAAACGUACGGAGAUAAAGUGAUACUAGGUAAGGCGAUUUGUAUUUCUUUUGUUAAAGAAAAUGUUAAAGCGUGAACAUCAAAUCUCACAUUGUUGGUGAUAAAAGGAAGUAAAGGAAAUAAUUACAAAGAAAAAAAACUAUUUUUUACCUCAAAUAAAAACUCUAGGGGAAUGAUAAUUUCGUCCGCAAGUUUACUUAAACUUAUUUUUCUUCGAGGGAUUUUUUUUCGUUAAGUAUGCCUAAGAUACAUCAAUAAACUAUUUUAAAUUCUACAUUUUGUUCUAUGUGAUUGCAGUACAAUAGUUUUACAAUGUUUUUUAUUUAUACUUUUCAGAUUUUUAGGCAAUUGAAUGACCAUUUGUGUUUCAUUUAAAUGUCAGCUUUAAGAACCACUGCAUUAAGACUAUUUGUAAAUAAAAAAAAUACUUUUGCCAUGGGUUCUAUGUGCAAUAAAAUAGGAAGUAGAAAAAUAAAUGAAAUGUCCCUCUGUAUUUAUUUUUAUUUUUCUUAUUCAUUUAUGGAGCA